AAGUCGUGUGAAAGGACCUUUACUUUCACUUUAUCUUUAUUUAGCUCUCUUUUUCUCCUGGACUUUCAGGCCAAUAAUCUGGUGUUUCACACAGCUGUGGAGCACUUCAGAAAGAGCAAGAAUUCUGCAGAGGGAGGCGCAAACAGCAAGCAGCUAAAUGGAAGAGGCUCCCUGCCCCAUAUUAUCAUCUCCAAUGUAGAGCAUGACUCCAUCAAUCUCACAGCUAAACACUUGUUAAAAGAGGGCAAAGCAGAUGUCACAUUUGUGCCCGUUUUCAAGGUUACGGCACGGGUGGAGGUUGAGGAUGUCAUUGCAGCGAUUCGUCCCACCACCUCCUUGGUGUCGAUCAUGCUGGCCAAUAAUGAGACAGGCAUCAUUAUGCCAAUUAAGGAUAUUUGUCAGAGGGUGAGGGAAGUAAACAAACAGAGGGCAGCAUCAGCUCCCAAAAUCCUCCUGCACACCGAUGCAGCACAGGCUAUUGGAAAGAUACGAGUGGAUGCACAUGAGCUUGGAGUAGACUAUAUUACCAUUGUAGGACACAAGUUUUAUGGCCCUCGAAUUGGCGCUUUGUUUGUGAAUGAUCCUGGAACCACAACCCCGGUUUACCCUCUGUUUUUUGGAGGAGGACAAGAGCGCAACUUCAGACCAGGAACUGAGAAUACAGCAAUGAUAGCCGGUCUGGGAAAGGCUGCAGAAUUGGUAAGUUCAAAUCUAGCAGAGUAUGAAGCCCAUUUCCUGGACGUCCGAUGUUAUCUGGAGCAGAAGCUGCUU